AUCUACAACUUUAUCUUUAUAUUUUAUCAAUUAUUUUUUUCUAUCAGUAAAGUUUCAUCUGAAAUGAGUGAAAAUAAUAAAACAACAAUCAAAGUUAAGUUGAGUGGUGAAGAUUAUCAUGACAUUGUUAUUGACUGGACAGAGGAAACCUGUGAAUACCACCAGCAAAUAUAUCAACAGCUUGCAGUCUACACCGGAAUACCAAUUUUAUACAUAAGUUGCAGCUUCAUUGCGAAUGGAGAAUCAUUUUUUUGGCUGAGAAAUACAAAUCGCUUAUUGAGAUAUGAAGCCAGAAAUGAUUCAAAGGAAACUGUUAAAAGUAAAUUUAAUGAUGGCGAUUGUUUUACUCUUCGUUUUUGUGUUGGUAUCCUAAGUGACCACGAGCAUCUUUUUGAUGUGAAUGUUGACCUAAUUGACUCAAGAAAUUCUCAUGGAAGUGCUUGUAAGCAAUUCUGGUGUAAACAUCAAAGUACUAGAGUAUACUUGGACAAGAUAAUAGGAAUACUUACAAACUCCGAGUUACAAAAGCAAAUCAAAGCUGUACUUCCUGUUGAAAGAUACUCUGAUAAUGGGGAUGAAUGGAGUAAACUGCUGGUUAAUUUCAAUAUAAAACAAUAUUGUUAUGGAUUCUGUACUAGGGUUGGCGGCCAACGUUGGCGUCCUUAUUUACCACAUCGAGGUUAAUGAAUGUGAAUACACACGUUAUUAGUUUACCUAAUUUUGAUCAAACUACCAUUUUGAAGAUAAAAUAACUAAUGUAAACAAACUACAACUAAACUAAACUACAAGCAAAAUAUGUUUGAAAUUAACUAAUUCCAGAAUAAUAAAAUUAGACAUCAAAUUAAA